AUGUCUGAUUCCCAGAACCACGCUAUCGUCUUCGGCGCGACAGGCCUCAUCGGCUGGGCCGCCGUCAAUCAAAUUCUCUCAAACUACCCUGCAGCGGGCACCUUUGCGAGUGUCACAGCAGUGAGCAACCGCCCUGUUGAUGCGGAUCGAACGUUCUGGCCUAAAGAGUCAGACCCGAAACCGAAUCUCCAACUUGUGUCGGGCAUUGAUUUGAAGAGUGGUGGUUUAGAGGCACACUUAAAAGAGAAGGUGGCCGGGAUUGACAGGGUCACGCACGUCUUUUACUUUGUGUUUGCGCCUCAUGAUGUGAACCACGAAGAAGAAUGCAAGAUCAAUUGCAACAUGAUGCGCAAUCUCGCAUCCGCACUCAACACCCUCUCUGUCAACUUGAAGUCGUUUGUGUACUCGGGCGGCACAAGGGGCUACGGGAUCUACAUCCCCGAUGGGAUGUUCACGCCUCCUCUCCAAGAAUCUAUGGCCGAUACUAUACCCGCCGACUACGCAAAGACUGUCGCCUACCCUUGGUUCCGCAAGAUCCUCACCGAAGCGUCAGCCGGUCGCGAUUGGACAUGGACAGAGGUUUGUCCCGAUGUCGUCGUGGGAUUUAGUCCUAUCGGGUCGAACUAUUCGCUCGCGCUGCAUUGGGCACAGUAUCUUUCUUUGUAUGCGAAGAACAACGGGUCAAACUCAGAGGUUGCAUUCCCCGGGAACGACGGAGCCUACAAUGCGCGGUUCACGUCUGUCUCGUCAGGUAUUCUCGGCCGUAUCGCAAUCCACGCAGCGCUCAAUCCAUCAAUGUGCGGAGGAAAGAUAGUCAAUAUGCUCGAUCGCGCAGAACCGACAACUUUCGCUAAAGCGUGGCCGCGUAUCGCGUCGUUUUUCGGGCUCGUUGGCGUCGCACCACGAGAAAGUGACGAGGACCGACCGAGUGAGUAUAUCGAAACUCAUAAAGAUCUUCUAGGAGAGUAUGGUAGAAAGGCAGGUGUCGGCGCGGGCAGGAAACAACUCGAUAGUGCGGGUUGGUGGUUGACCUUCGAUCGUCAAUUGAGCGCGGAGAGGUUGCGAGGCGUUGGCUUCACCGAAGAACAAGAUCCAUCAGAAGGUUGGCUUGAAGCAUUCUCGAAACUUCGCGAUGCAGGAAUUAUUUUGUAG